UAGGAAGCUACUUUAUACGAAGUGAGAGCUUUGGUCUGUCUAGUUCAGUAUUGCCUACACUUACUUGCAGCGGCACUGCCGGGUUUCAGGCAGAAGUCUCUACCAGCCCUACCUUGAGAUUAAACCUGGGACCUUAUGCAUGCAAAGCAGAGGCACUACCACUGACCUAUAGCCCUUUCUCCAACACCCACUCUUGAACCUUUUACCCUGUGAAGUGCUCAGGUUGUUUACUUCCAUAAAGCAAUAUAACUGAAAAUGCAAAUAUUAAAAAGUCUUGUUAGUUGAAGACCAACAGAAAUGACUGAUAGUUAGCAAAUAAUUGCUGCUCUAUAGUAUAUGUAAAAUUGCCCCCUCCCCCCCAAAAAAUAUAAGCCAGAAUCCAGAUACUUGCAUGUGUAUGAAUUUUCCCUUCUGGCUGUAUCCCAUUGCAGUGCAACAGUUCCUAAACCAGACAUUCCCCUUAACCUUCAGAAAAACUUUGUGAAUAGCAGGACAGGUUGUUGUGGAAAGGGGAGAGGCAGGAGACCCCCAGUGCAUUUCAUCAUUUAUUACAUAUUUGCCCUCCCACUCCCUUAGCAAACAAAUAAGCAAACCCUGUUCUUAAUUAUAAUCAAGAUGAGACCAAUGUGAGUAUAUCUUAUCUUUCCAGGUAGAUAGCCCGAGAGGAGCAGCAGAAUAAUGGGAAAAAUCAGGCAGUAAUAUUGACUCCACAUGACCUACAGUAUGUAUUUAUUUAUUUAUUUAGAUUGAGCUCCCUUAAGUCUCGUUGGUUUCAGAAACUUAAGUGAGUUUAACCUGCAGCAUUUAAAAUAUUGAAAACAGUGCUAAAACAACCAUUUUAUUUUCUGGCACCCACUUCAACCUUGAAUGAACCAUUUCACCAUGCAUACAAAUCCAGGCUUUGAAUACCAGCCCCUGCUGAGUACGGUAGCUUAGAUGAAGGUUGAGGUUUCCAUCCUUGCAUGGACCUGAGUUCAAAACUGCAAUUUCAUAAACCAACUUUCUGUCUCGCCUCUACAACAGUUCAAUCUCAUGAAAGCUGCUACCAUUUGCUAUACAGUCAUACCUCUGGUUGCGUUUGCUGCGGGUUGCGUAUUUUCAGCUUAAGAACGCGGCAGACCUGGAAGUGUUUACUUCCGGGUUCCGCCGCGCGCACAUGCACAGAAGCGUUCUGCACGCUUUACGCAUGUGCAGAAGCGCUCUAUCGGCACUUCGCACAUGCUCGGAAGCACUGCUCCGGAUACGUACUUUUCAGGGUGAGAAUGGCACCCCGGAACGGAUCAAGUACGUAUCCAGAGGUACCACUGUAAACUUCUGAAGAACACAUUCCCCCACCCUCCCCAUAAUAAUUGAGAUGUGCAAAAUUGUUGUACCCUUUACAUAAUCCUGGAUCAAGUAGGCACAAAUUGGUAUACAGUCUAAGCAGUGGUGGAACUUACUGGCUUUCCCCUGAAUGUUUGCCAUUGGGUUGCCCAUGGGCACAAUGAUGCCCUUGAGGGCUUCCCUGCUGCUUGCAAAGCCUCUGAGCCCCAUUCCGUACUGCCAUCUUCUACAUAAGGUGGCAUCAACACAAAAGUAUAUAGAGCUGAAGAAGGAAGUUGGAAGAGGGAUGCAUAGUAAUUUCCAUAAGACUGGUAAUUUGAAGUUGAUUGCUAAAUAACUUGCUGCAUAAAGUGCAUUGGAGUCCUCUACCAUGUUAAAAGCCUCUUCCUGCUCCCUGUGCCCAGGUAAUAUAAGAUUAUUUUAUUCUUGGAUGAGCGGCGAUUAAUCAUUUCCUAAGAGUACCUUGCUCCUACAUAUUUCAACAUGAGACUUUAGACUACAGUAUGUGCAAGUUAAGUAGGCACUCAAGGAAGGGUUGUGGACACUUGUAUCUCAAAUGAUCCUGGAUGGCACAAGAUGAACACUACACUCCAACUAUACAGGAAACUAUUCAGUUUAACUAUCGAUCAAAAGAGCCAGGAUUGUGACACCCGAGUUAUAUUUUGGAAAUGAGAAUCAACUUCUGCCAUGUUGCGAAGGAAACAGACUCUCUUGUUCUGAUUGUACAUGGGAUCAUCCUUAUUUUUAGAGCACCAAUUAUUCUUCGCUUGCUCUUUGUCUAAGCCGAUUUGUGUUCCUUCAGAGGGAGCUGUGCCAUGACAACAACAAAGAUUUUGUGCAGUAUAAAAGUGCAGCUCACAAUACUGCUAUUUCCCUGGAUGGCAUCUAUCUGUAUGUUGAGGUAGGUUUUCACUCUAGGACUGAAUGGUGCAUUUUAAAAGAAAUCCGACUAAACCCCUUGAUACUUCCUUCUCAACUUGCCACUUCAAAUAAUUAUGUGGUUCCAAAGAGAGCUGUCGUUUUUGCUGAAUGUUUUCUUUUGAAGCACUGCAAAACACAGAAAAUCUCAAAUUCCCUUUUAAAAAGCCAGCUUCAGAGCAUGCUUUGGACAUGCUUUGGCAUACCUGAGAAUCGAGGUGCCUGGGAUGGUGGGCAGGAAAACAUAUCAGCUUUGGGAAAGGGCAUGAUGCCAUGUGUUCUCUAUGGACAUGGGGUUGAAACUGAGGUCAGAGUGGUCUCAGGCCUGUGUGAGGAAGAGUAGGAGCUGAGUUGAGAAAUGUAUGCCAGAUAGUUGUGGCAGCUGUGAUGAGGUUCUCCUGGGCUGUCAUGCAUUUAGCUAUAGAUAGCAAACCCAAAGCUCCUUAGAGAGAAACCUCUUACCAGCCACUUUCCACAAAUGGUACAUACACCUAAAGGUACUUAGUGAAAAUCCUUGAGAAGUAUUUAAUGCUAAAGUAUUCGGUCUUCCUAACGUGUUUGUAGCCUGCACUUACACUCAGGCAGUGGCGCAGGGAAAGGCAUACCAAGGCAGCCACCCCAAGGCAAGCCAGUGUUCUUGCCCCAGUGAGGCUCUGCCACCCUAAUACAUUGCCAAGAUGUGUGACAUGGGGGGACUGGAUAACCUGAUCGCCAACACAGCAUACCUCGAGGCCAGGAAAAGCGGAGAAGUGGAUGCCAAGGAGAUGCAAAAAAGACGCAGGAACCUAGCUCUGCCCAAGAUUGAGGAAUGUGCGGAGAUCAAAAAGUCUAUGACUAUGGAUUACGAGGUCAUUUGUGAGCAACAGCCCAUUGGCAAGACUUUUUUCCGGGAAUUCUUGGAAACGGUGCCUGACUACCUGAAGGCCAGAGAGUUUUUGGACGAAGUGAUCGCUUGGGAGCUGGCAGAGGAGCACAUCAAGGACAGCUACCUAGAAGGCAUAGUCAACAUGUACUUGAAGAAUGGCAGCAACAGCUACCUGUCUUUUCUCAGUGCAGACUUGUCAAACAAGUGCCAGGCAGCUGGCAAGGAUGAUUUUGAAAAAGUCACAUUAUCAGCCAGGGAAGAGACAAAUGCCUAUCUCAAGGGAAAACCCUUUAAUGACUUCCAGACUAGCCCCUUCUUUGAUAAGUUUGUGCAAUGGAAAGGCUUUGAGCGGCAACCUAUAAACGAGAAGCUCUUUGAUGAAUUCCGAGUACUAGGCAAAGGAGGCUUUGGAGAGGUUUGUGCCAUUCAGGCGAGAUACACUGGCAAGAUGUAUGCCUGCAAGAAACUGGACAAAAAACGACUAAAGAAAAAAGGUGGUGAAAAGAUGGCUCUGUUAGAGAAGGAGAUCCUUGAGAAAGUCAACAGCCGUUUCAUUGUCACGCUGUCCUAUGCCUAUCAGAGCAAAGCCGCCCUGUGUCUUGUCAUGAGCCUGAUGAAUGGUGGGGAUCUUAAAUAUCACAUUUACAAUGUGGGCGAAAGAGGCUUGGAAAUGGAUAGGGUCAUCUUCUACUCGGCUCAGAUCACCUGUGGGAUGCUGCACCUUCACUCCAUCAAAAUUGUCUACAGGGACAUGAAGCCUGAAAAUGUCCUCCUGGAUGAUAAUGGCCACUGCCGAUUGUCUGAUCUUGGCUUGGCGGUGGAAGUCAAGGAUGGCAAGUCCAUUAACCAGAGGGCUGGAACUAAUGGAUACAUGGCUCCUGAAAUCCUAAAUGAAGAGAAUUACACCUACUCAGUGGACUGGUUUGCUAUGGGAUGUAGUAUUUAUGAGAUGGUUGCUGGUCGAACUCCAUUCAAGGAUUUCAAAGAGAAAGUCGACAAAAGUGAAGUUAAAAGAAGAACCGUAGAAGAUGAGGUGAAGUUUGAGCAUGCUAAAUUUGAUGAGCCAACAAAAGAUAUCUGUAAAGUGUUCUUGGCAAAGAAACCAGAAGAUCGUUUGGGAACCAGGAGUAAUGAUGAUGAUCCCAGGAAGCACGCUUUCUUCAAAUCAAUAAACUUCCACAGGCUGGAGGCAGGCCUUAUAGAUCCCCCUUUUGUGCCAGAUCCCAGCGUUGUCUAUGCCAAAGAUGUUGCAGACAUUGCUGACUUCUCUGAAGUCCGGGGGAUAGAGUUUGAUGACAAAGACAAGAAAUUCUUCAAGAAAUUUGCAACAGGUGCUAUCCCAAUACCUUGGCAGGAAGAAGUCAUUGAAACAGGACUGUUUGAAGACCUGAACAAUCCCCACAGAUUAGUUGGUGACUCGAAAUCUGGAGUUUGUUUGUUGUUAUAAAUAUUGCACCAGAAGUGUAAGGGUGGGAAAGCACCAUUGAACCUUCCAUUAUUUCAAAGACUCUAAGGUGUGUAGCAAGAACUCAUUGUCGUCAUAAAGGCAAGCUGAAUAAACUAUUCUCUUCCAUUUUGGCAUUUUAUUGGAAAAGUUCAAUGAAGAAUGAGGAUUGUUUUAAGAUAGCAUGAUGGCUUAACAUCUCAUGGAGAUUUCUGGAUAAAAUACACAAAAUACACAAUGUCAUUUGGAUAUAUAUUUUCCUCUCUUGUGACUGCUUCUGCUUUGUUAGGUUUCGGUAGUGAUACAUCCAAGUUCUUUAUGAAAAAGACUUAUCACUGGAGUGACACAGUGGGUCUAAACUGAUUGCAGUUAAGUAGGAAACUCAAUAAAAAUGUAUAUAGGCUAUGCUUCUCCAUUUAUUAAGUAUUAAAACAAUAGUCAACAUAUUUUUGCUACUGGUUGCAACUUCCUAUCAGAUUUCCUGAUAGUAUCUUUUCACUCUGAUGAAAGCUGUAGUUUAAAUUAAACUACAAAAUGAAUCACACCAGUUUGUAACUGGUCUUUAAAGAGAGAAUAAUAUAAAUGCAAUAGGAAUGUUUAUUCAGCAAGCAAUGGGAUUAAAAGAAAUGGUUAAUUGUUUUUACAAGUGCUUUUAAUGUUGGAAACUAAUGUACAUAACGUGUCUAGCUUAAAUGUGUACUACUUCUGGUUCUUUUACAAAGCUUUGUAAAUCUUUCACUUUGACAUUUCUUUUUUGUGUGUGAGGGUGUUCUGAAGCUGGUUAACUUAGGCUGGCAAAUCUUAGAUAAAAAUGUCUAGUUAUUGGGGGUUCUUCAACAGCAGAAGUUCAUUUAUGCACGUUAUGGUCCCACCCACAUUCUCAGAUGAAAUUAUUUCUGUGGCCCUGCAGAACUGGAUAAAUUUAAAAGUGAACAUGCAAUUGAACACUUGGGGAGGUUUAUGAUUGGAGAAAAUCUCAAAACAGAUGGCACCAAAUUACUCACUGAUAAGUUUAAUUUUUAAAAUUAUGCCAUUUACAAUCUUGAACCUAAGCCUGCCUCCCAAUCAGUUUAUCUAUGUGGUUGCCAUCCAGCAGUGUGACUCCAAUUCUGAUUGCAUUCUGAAUUUCAUCCAGUAAAACUUUAAUUAGAUAUUGUUGUGAUCCAAAGUUUUGUAUAAAACUGAGUUAAUUUACAAAGAGCUGUGUCUCCUCUGUUUAUUCCCUACUCUUUCAGCUUUUUUUUGUUUUGCAAUCUGCACAUCUUAUCCUCAAUCAUACUGAUACUUGGAAGGGAGAGAAAGCCCUACUCCAGAUGGAGUGACUCGAGGAAAACAGGCAGAAGCCUGAGCCAAAAAGAUCUUUUGUUUCUGUACAUUCCUUAACUGAAGGGAAAACAUUUAAAAAGUUAAAAAAUUAGCCCAGACUUAUUUCAGACAUCCUCCUAUUUGUGGCUGCUAGAAUUACAAGGGUACAGAACCAGAAUUCAGGCCUAAGUUAAAACCACAAGAGACCUGCUUAUUAAGAUAUGACAAAUUCUGUGUUUUGUCCUGUAUACUGCAAUGUUCUAUUUUCGGUUCAAUGGUAAUCUUAAAUUAAUCUCAGAACCAUCUCCCAUGAGGCAGAGUGAAGCUGCUUCCUCAAGUGGCGGAAUUUCCAACAAGAUCUCGCAAGAUCUCACUGAAAUCUCAUGAGAUCCCACAGAGCACAUGAAAUCUCAUGAGAUUUCAGCAAGCAGUGGGACAGCCCGCCCAGACCAGUUACUGGAAAUCCUUGCAGGUUAGAAGGUUCGUGGAUGGACUAAACAGCAAAAAUGCAUCACUUGACUGUGUUCCUGGAGAAGCAGACGGUACGUCUGAAACAUUAGUUGCUGUUGUAGGAAAUCAGAUUUAAGAUCAGGAUUCUAAACUAAUUCUGGUGAACUAAAAUUAUUGGUUAAGCUUCUUAUUUAAUGCAU